AUGAAACGACACAAACGACUUCAUUCUUCCAAAUAUCUCAAACAACAAAAGGCCAUUAUUGUGAAAAAAGAAAAACAAGUUCAAGUAAUUGAUGGUGAUGAUAGUGAAAGUGGUGAAGAAAGUGAAGAUGACAACAUUCUUCAAAAUAAAACCAAUAUUAUACCUGGUACACCAUUAAUUGAAAAUAUUUUUGAUUUCUUAGCAAAAACUAAAGUUAUACCUUACGAUCGUUUUAUACAAGUAACACGUGUAGUUGUCGAUGAUCCAUCAUCACAUGUUGCUCGACAAGCAUUAAAUAUGAAAUCAUUACAUUUAACAAAAUAUGUUCUUAAAAUUUUACCUGGUGAACGUUCAAAAACUGUUAAAACACUUUGGAAUAAACAUGAUAUUAAUAAAAAAAAUGGUAAAAAUCACGUUGGUUUAAAAAAAUUACAAGCAAAACAUUUACGUUCAAAAUUGACAGAUUUUGAUCGAUUUUAA